AUGGCAUCGGUCUUCGGCAAUGAUUACAACGCUGUUUUGAGUCGAUUUGAGGAUGCUGCUGAUACGGUUAGUCCUAUGUAUAUGGUUAGAUUGAAAUCUGCCCUGGUUGUUUAGACAUUUCCUCUAAAUUUGGGUUAACGUCCUUUGCAUCGAAUUUUCAGGAUUCUUUACUAACAGAAGGAACUCCUUGCAGUAUCAUUUUUUACAGUCGUGUAAUUUUUAUCAUUUUUCUUUUUAUUGCUUUGUCAAAUAGACCAGUUAUUGUGCUUGUGAGGCCUCAAACUUAUUUUGCACUCCAUAGUACCUGCCGCUUUACUUAAUGGUCCUGAGGCCGGCUUAAAUUUCGGGUUUUAAUGAUUCCUCUUGCCUUUAUAUCUGACUUAGUUAUUCACUUACCUUUACCUUACGGUUUCGUGCCUCUGAUGCAUCCCUUUAUCGUUUCUUGUUUGCAGUUCGUCAGACGAAGUAGACGUUAUUUGCCACACGUAGCCCGCUUCUGCCUCGUUUCCACAUUCAUUGAGGACGGCUUUCGUCUCCUUAGCCAGUGGUCAGACCAGAUCGAUUUCAUUAAACACAUCUGGGGCUCUGCGGGCUUUCUUGCCGGAAUUUUCAUCCUUUUAAAUAUUGUUCUGCAGUUUGCGGGCAGCGGGUUUGUACUUACCCGAUAUCGUGUUAAGGUCGGCUGCGGCAUUUUACUGUGCACUGUAAUCCUUCAGGUAAGUCCAUUCGUUUGGCCGACUGCAAAACCAUGUUUUUCGAAGUUUAACACUUUUUCAGUCACUUUUUAUAACUUAUGCCAGAUUUAGGGUUGGGGUGUGAUCGACUAAGGGCGCAAUUAUUCGCCCAGAACGUGAGACUCAUAUCAUCGCAUCGAAGCAAAACUAAGCGCUUCCUUCUCUUAAAAUUAAGGAGGGGGGGGGGAAUCAUACCACUUUUCUGGGUCCAAACGAUGACCUACAUUUGUUCGUUAACCGCAAAUUGAAAAUGGACUGUGGGAACGGGACGAGUAGUCAGUGGUAGGAUGUACGAAGACUGCUUUCUUGUACAACUGAUUUUUAGCUUGUCACAUGGACUACUCAAAAGUGGCUACGUUUUAGAACAGUUUCCCGACAUUGUUUUCUGUGUUAUGGAGGGACUUCUAGCCGUCCAUGAGACGGUAACUGGAUAAAGUGGUCGUUGUUGCACCAGUGCCACAACUACCGGGUUACUCUGAUAAAUAUUGUAAUAAUGAUAUUGCCCUCAGCGGCUAUGAUCCGAUCACGCGGACGAAUAUUUAGUAGACCGGAACACUCAAUCACUGAAGGGCCCUGUGUCAGAUUAUUAAACUCUUAGAAGUUCGUUAACUUUGACGUCCGGAGUUUCACAGCACACAGCCUUCGUUAUUAUGAUGUGAAUCCCUGCCGUUCGUCAGAAAUGUUGAUACAGAACUGUUUUCCUGGAAUUCGAUAUGCCUUGAGUUGGCUUUUGAUUCCUAUUCCAUCAUCGCUAUCCUUAUGCCGCCUCCAGCAUGGACGACCUGGUGAUUGCCCCUUGACAACGAACCAACUCAGCGGCGCUUGUAAAGAGAAAGUCAUUGAAGAGCGGUUCUCGCAUUCUCCAGUCUGAGUCAUGCGCGAACCUCUACUUGCAUACACUAUCGAGACAGGAAGGCGGGACACGCUCAUUAGCAUAGUUUCUAGUUACAUUGCUGAUGGAUGGCGGAACAUGCAACAUAGUUGCGAAGUAAAUAGCCUUCGGAGCAUAAGGAUAAGUACUCGUGAAACAGUAGCUGCAAGGAGGAAGUUUGAUUACGAAGUUAGAGCAACGCGACCCUGGGCUAUUGUUGAACAACUUUUCCCCAUACCGCCGCCCUACCUCUCAAUCCUAGUAAACAAAAAUUCUGAAGCGCUCAGUCCCACACAAAAAUUUGACUCGACCUUCAGCUGUACAACCAUCGAGAAAAUGGUAUUUUCGCUGACAUCUGCGUGCACUUUGCUGACGCUGACGACCUGUAACCAUUUGACAAGGAUUAAAUUGUACGAUCAUGCAUAGUGGAUGAGAUGCUAACAGCUUGAGAAAGCAGGCAGCUCGGGGUAUCUGGAGCGAAGUCAUUCCAAAAUUGGCAGUAGGAACCAUAUUGCUGCGCAAAUGAACACUGACUUUUUCGGAUGGAAUUCAGGAGCGUAUUGUGAUCCGCCAGGUUUCACAGGUUAUCUAUCUAGUUAGUCUUCGUCCAUUGUUGGGAAUGGUGUGCGUGCGAAUUUAGACUCAGGGAAGGCUGGGGUUGUUAAUCACCGUGGCAUGAAAGAAUCCUUUCAGAAACCGCCCCAAUGAGCCAAAGCAUACUUUUUACAUAGGCAAUGUGUGAUAUCUCAAUCCGUUUGAGAGUAUUUAGGUUUGGGGUAUUAUUGGUUAUCCACAUGACAACCACGAUACUCCUUCUAAAAUCAAGCGGCUAUUCGCUGCGCCGAUUCAAAUCAAGAUGUGGCUCAUUGCUGUGUGCAAAAAUCUCAAGUCAGUGCUUCUGGGCAGUAGGGAAAAUGGAGGAAUUUAAUUCUUCUCAACGAAUCACCGUAUACGCCUGAGUUUUCUGUCGGAACCAUCUUGAAAUUUAUGAUGCGUGGGGAUGCAUAUCCACUUUUUCUUUUGCUUUAGGUGGGCAAAUAAAGUUCAGGUUCACCGGCUGCCUCGCGUCGUUAAUGCCUAAUUCCAUUUUAUUAAUCUUCAAUUGUCCUCACGAGUGUUUUUUCGAUGCCAUCUAGACAAUCGGUUACAAUAUCUGGACUCGAAUCUUCCUGAUGCGCAAUCUUUCACUCGUGGGCAGCUUACUUUUGCUGAUCGCCGAGGCCUCGCAAGAAUCCAGAAGCCUACUGGCUGGAUUGCCGUCUGCAGGCGGAAAUGCGUCGCGGCAGUAUUUGCAGCUCGGUGGGCGUAUCCUAGUCGUGCUUAUGUUCGUUACUCUCAUUCACUGGGAUGGAAGCUUCUUCUACCUCAUUCAGGUGAGUGCUAUGUCAUGUUUUGCUUCUAGUACCCUAGUGGCAGUCGAGAUGCUGGCCAUUCAAUACGCCCCUCAGACGGACUGUGCCGUUGUUCCCUUAAACUAAGACAGAAUGCGCUAGUCAAACUGUGCUGGAUGUGCGCCACGCGCAUCUGACAUGCUUCAGAUGCAGACUCGUGCCACGCUUGCCACUGUACCCAACCCUACAGCAAGUCAGUUGACAGACUGAAAGACGUCUAUACUGAGGUGUCCUACUUCACAAUUCAGGUUCCACCUCACUAUAAUAAAUCUGACCAACUUAGACCUGUUGCAGCGUGCUAAAAGCCGUGAAUCGCUAAGUUGCAUGCUGGUGGGAUAACUCUGUCAUAAUUUAUAACACGAUGCAGGCCGGGAUGACUUCUUUGGAAUGUGAUCUUCAGCGCACCGUUAACUUCAGUCUAUCCGAGUCUGCGUUUGACAAGUGUCGGACAAUGGCUUUAUAUUACGUCAACCACAUUUCCAAUCGGACUAACUCAGAUAGGCCACUGCGAUAAGAAAUAAGGAGGAAUUAGGUCGGCAAACUAUGAAGUUCUUCGGUAUUCGGCCUGCCUCGGUCAGGGCUGGUCGGCCUCUGAAAGCCGGACACAUAUUCAGUGCUCUUUGAAGUUUAGGGUUCAUAGAUCAUGUUGCCAUCGUCCCUGAUCGCCGUACUAUGUCGUAGUUGACUUUGUAAGGCACAUUGUCCGAAACGUGUCUCGCUUCUUGUAAGAUCAACUUGUCGCUUGUCGUUUAGUAGUAGCAACAUUUUGAUGCAUUCUAUUUCCUUCUCUCUGCAGUCGGCUGUACACCUGGUUCUAAUACUACUUGUCGCCAUCGGCUACAAGGCGAAGCUUUGCGCCAUCGUUCUGGUCGCCUGGCUCAGCUGCAUCAACAUGUACUACAACUGCUUCUGGCGCGCCUACGGUGAUGAAAUCAUGUGGGAUUUUUUGAAGUAUGAUUUCUUCCAGACCUGGUCAGUCAUUGGUGGCCUCCUUCUAAUUGUUGCCCACGGUCCUGGCGGUGUGAGUGUGGAUGACUAUAAGAAGGAAUUCUAA